GGCCGUGUGGGCACUGUACGCGCUGGCGCAGGGCACGAUGUUCUGGGCCAUCUUUGUGGUCGGCCACGACUGGUGGGCGGCCACACAGGGGGGGGGGGUGAAGCGCGGCCGCACAUGGGGGGCAGCAGCGGCGCAUGGACAGCGCCGCCGGGCGGAGAUGUUGGUAGUGUGCGGUGCGGGCUGA